GCCCCUGGUUUUGUCUCUCUCCUUUCAAAACUAACUGUAUUCCCCUUUCUGCUUUGCCCUAGACUUCUUCCACCCAAACUCCUCCUCCUCUUUUAUACCCCCCCCUCUCUCUUCUCCAUUUUUCUCCAUCAUCAACAGAGAUGCUUUUUUAAACCAUCUCUGUCUUUCUCCUCUUCCUUUUACACCUCAAACGUACCUAACCCCGUACCACAAACUCCUCCCUCAUAUCACUUUCUUCCACUUUCUCCUCUGUUUCCCUCUCUUCUCCCUCCAUUUCCGGCCGCUUCUCCCCUCUUUUUACCUACCCAGAUCGUAAUCCUUGCCUUUCAGGAUUACCCAUCUUCUUUCUGGUGCUACCCGUAUUGUAAUUUGGUGGUUUUGAAGAGGUUUUGUUGGUGCUGGGCCUGUGCAAUUGAGGUUGAAUGGGGAUUGGAAAAACGUACGCUGACCGAAAGGAGGAGUUGUGUGAAUCGCCCAAUACAAAUAGGAAUUCUACUACAUCCAAGACGGUGAAGACUGCCAAUUCUGCCAAAGCUGUCAACACGUCUAAGUCACAUAACAAGGGGAAGAGGAGCCGCCGUCGGAACAAGAAAAUGACGGCGUUGCCAAUUCAGAGGCUAUUUGAUAUCUGCAAGGAGGUUUUUGCCAAUGCAGAGCCUGGAAUUGUACCCACCCCUGAGAAUAUCCAACGCCUGCGUGCUGUUCUGGAUGAAAUCAAUCCUGAGGAUGUUGGUCUCUCUCCUGAAAUGCCGUAUUUCUGCCAAAAGCUAAAUGGAAGAACCCCACCAAUAACGUACCUACACCUCUAUGAAAGUGACAAAUUCUCUAUGGGUAUUUUCUGCUUGCCGCCAUCUGGUGUAAUUCCUCUUCACAACCACCCUGGAAUGACAGUUUUCAGUAAGCUUCUGUUUGGUACCAUGCACAUCAAGUCCUACGAUUGGGUGGCUGAUGCACCUUGCAAGGCUUCAUCUACCCUUGAGAGUCCUUCUGAGCCAUCGGUGGAGCAAGCUGAAAUCCGUCUGGCUAAGAUGAAGGUUGACUCCAACUUUACUGCUCCUUGCAACACCUCCAUCCUUUACCCGGCUGAUGGUGGCAAUAUGCAUUGCUUCACUGCUGUGACGCCGUGUGCUGUGUUGGAUGUGCUUGGACCUCCAUACUCCGAUCCCGAUGGACGCCACUGCACUUAUUACUAUGAUUUCCCAUUUGCCAAUUUCACAGUUGAUGGAGUUUCAGUGGCCGAGGAGGAGAAGGAAGGACAUGCAUGGCUUCAAGAGAGACAGAAACUUGGGGACUUUGCUGUUGUUGGAGCAUUGUACCGAGGACCAAAGAUCGUAGACAAGUGAAAAAAACCGCUCUUAUCCAUCUCGUUUUUGUUUGUUCUUUCUAACUUUUGGGGACCUCCUUUAGAAGCUGGUGCUUUUUCUUUCUUUCUUUUCUUUUCUUUUUUUCAGUUGACAGUUUCUGUACAUAAAAGGAAAACAAAAAAAAGGGAAAAAAGUGUCAAAUGCACCGGAAGAGGUUACUGCUUGUAGAACAAUGAGAAAAUGUUAAAAAAAAGUGGUCUUUUCUUUUUGGUCUCCAUUUGUGGUGGUUUUUCCAAGCAUCGUCGUAAUAAAAAUAGCGAUACAUGCUUUGAGAUUA